UAUUGUAAAGCAGCCGUUACCGCAUUCCCGCCAAAUUUGCUGAGCGUUAAGAGCGCCAGCCAACAGCCAAUAAAAAACGAUGCUCCGAUUUGUAACCUGCCGCAGUAAAAAGCCCAGAAAAGCCGGUUGUUACGUGCGCGUAUGAUAAUAUACGGUGUUGCUCUUCUCUUUGCUGAUGCCGCCGUAUUAUUUCUCUUGAAAAGAGGUAACCGAUAAAGGAGUUGCGUUGCUAAUCAUCGACAUGGAUCUCACCGACGACAAUUUGGUUACGUUGAGCGAGUAUUUGAAGCACACUCUCAGCCCAGACGUGAAUGUUAGACGUCCAGCCGAGAAGUUCCUCGAAUCGGUGGAAAUCAAUCAGAACUUCCCUUUACUGCUACUACAUUUAGUGGAUAAGUCUGAGAUUAACAUUAUGAUUAGAAUCGCUGGAGCAGUUGCGUUUAAGAAUUAUGUCAAGCGCAAUUGGAAAGUGGAAGAGGAUACGAUGGAUCGUAUACAUAUCCAAGACAGAGAUGCUGUUAAGAAAUUAAUUGUUAAUCUGAUGUUACAUUCGCCAGAUUCAAUACAAAAACAGUUGUCAGAUGCGGUAUCUAUUAUUGGAAAGUAUGAUUUUCCUGAUAAGUGGCCGGAAUUGAUUGAUCAGAUGGUAGAGAAGUUCAAUACUGGUGAUUUCCAUGUGAUCAAUGGAGUCCUACAUACUGCGCAUUCCUUAUUUAAAAGAUAUAGAUACGAAUUUAAAAGCGACAGCCUAUGGACAGAAAUAAAAUUUGUAUUAGAUAAGUUUGCAAAGCCUUUAACAGAUCUGUUUUUAGCUACAAUGAAUUUAACGCAAGUACACGCUAAUAAUAUGGAAGCCUUGAAGGUUAUAUAUAAUUCGUUAGUUAUAUUAUGUAAAGUUUUCUACUCUCUUAACUUCCAAGAUCUGCCAGAAUUUUUCGAAGACAAUAUGGAAGCAUGGAUGAGAAACUUUCAUACUUUGUUACACGUUGAUGUUCCUUCCUUGCAAACUACAGAUGGAGAGGAAGCAGGUGUAAUAGAACAAUUAAAGUCACAAGUGUGUGACAAUGUUGGCCUAUAUGCCCAAAAAUAUGAUGAGGAAUUUCAACCUUACUUACCUCUAUUUGUUACGGCGAUUUGGAAUUUACUUACAUCCACAGGACAAGAUCCUAAAUAUGACGCUUUAGUGUCGAAUGCAUUACAAUUUUUGGCGACAGUAGCUGAUCGGGCGCAAUAUAGACAUUUGUUCGAAGAUCCGGCAACUCUUAGCAGUAUCUGUGAAAAAGUCAUUAUUCCUAACAUGGAAUUUAGAGAAUCAGAUAAUGAAUUAUUCGUGGAUAAUCCUGAAGAAUACAUUAGACGUGAUAUUGAAGGCAGUGAUGUGGAUACCAGGAGGCGCGCUGCUUGUGAUUUAGUUAAAGUACUGUCUAAAUAUUUUGAAGCAAAGAUUAUGGAUAUCUUUGGAGCAUACAUACAGGUGAUGUUGCAAAAAUAUGCCGAAGACUCGUCGAAACAUUGGCGUAGUAAAGACGCUGCUAUUUAUCUUGUUACUAGUAGUGCAAGUAAAGGACAGACGCAGAAACAUGGAGUUACUCAAAGUAGCGAGCUUGUUUCUAUACCGCAGUUUGCUGCACAACAUAUUGAACCUGAACUAGCAAAACCAGAUGUGAAUGAGUUUCCAGUACUUAAAGCAGAUGGAAUAAAAUUCGUAAUGACAUUUAGAUCGAUAUUACCUCAUGAAAUGGUAAUAGGAAGUUUGCCGCAAUUAAUAAGACAUUUAGGUGCCAGCAGUAUCGUCGUGCAUACUUAUGCUGCUUGCGCGAUUGAAAAGAUAUUCGCAUUGCGGGGUGCUGAUAAUUUGACUAUAGUUAAAGGGAUUGAUAUAUCGCCGUUAGCAGCAGAUUUAUUGAAAGGACUUUUUGCAUGUAUGAACAUUUCGGGUUCCGAGGAGAACGAAUAUGUUAUGAAGGCUAUUAUGAGGAGUUUCGGCAUCUUACAAGAAGUUGUGGUGCCAUACCUAGCCGAUUUACUUCCGAAACUCACCGAGAAACUCGCGAUCGUAUCUCGAAAUCCAAGUCGGCCAAAUUUCAAUCAUUAUCUCUUCGAAACUUUAAGUUUAUCCAUCAAAAUUGUUUGCAAGACAAAUCCUGAAGCAACAGGAUCUUUCGAACAAGCAUUGUUUCCCAUUUUUCAAGGAAUUUUGCAACAAGAUAUACCAGAGUUUAUUCCGUAUGUUUUUCAAAUUCUUGCAUUACUUUUGGAGCUACGACCCACUCAAGAUAUACCGGAACCAUAUAUGGCUUUGUUCCCGUGUCUAUUGUCACCUGUACUAUUUGAACGUCAAGCCAACAUCCAUCCUCUGAUUCGUUUGUUACAAGCAUUCAUUAGUCAUGGCUCGAAUCAGAUUGUAGCGCAGGAUAAGACGAGUGCGUUAUUGGGAGUGUUCCAGAAACUAAUUGCAUCGAAAGCGAAUGAUCAUGAGGGAUUUUUACUAAUACAAAGCAUUAUUGAACACUUUGAACCGAGCAUUUUGGAACCGUAUAUGAGACAAGUUUUUGUGCUUUUCUUUCAAAGGCUCUCGACGUCAAAGACAACGAAAUUUGUAAAAGGUCUAAUAGUAUUUUUUGCAUAUUAUGUUAUUAGAUAUUCGUCGCCGAGCUUGAUUACGAUUAUCGACCAAAUACAGCCACAAAUGUUUGGAAUGGUGGUGGAGCGCGUGUUUAUAACCGAUCUACAAAAAAUAUCGGGCGAAGUAGAGCGAAAAGUGGUGGCUGUCGGAAUUUCAAACUUGCUGAUCGAUUGUCCCGCGAUGCUUGAGGCUCCAUAUAAUACAUACUAUCCUCGCUUAUUAGCUAAAUUGGUCGAAUUCUUUGAACUGCCGCAAGAUCAAAGCUUGCUGCCAGAAGACAACUCGUUUCCAGAACUUGAUGAUGCGGUUGGCUACCAAGUUGGUUACAGCCAACUCAUCUGUGCGAGAAAUCCUCGGAAAGACCCAUUGCAAAAUAUCGGUGACAUACGUUUGCAUUUAGCUCAAGGCCUUGGAAGAUUAUCGCCAGGACAUUUGCCGGGGCUGUUAGGCCAGAUUUCUCAGGCAAAUGCAAAUCAUCUGAGGAAUUAUCUCCAAACAGCUGGUAUUACUGUUGCAUAAUACGAACUGGAUGUUCGAGACAGACUGAAGAUCCAUUUGAUAGCUCGAAAAAUGAAUAAUAUUGAACUUAACAAAUUGUAAUUAAAG